GGAUGACACGCGCGACGCCUCUUCUUGCCUCGCGCACACCAGCCAUCCAGCCGUUGUGUAUGCAUGCAUCUCGAGCCCAGGCGCUGAAAGCAGCCACGUAACAGGCGGAACCUUGGCUGCCACGCUGCACACGUAUCGGCAGCCUGCUAGUCCUCGCAGCCAACGCCACCGGUGACUUGCUCGGUGACUUGCAUACUACCUGGUACACCUCCCCUACCACCUCCGCACUUGCGCUGCAGCCUCGGUACAUGGCCUGCCGUCGCCAUCGCCAUCGCUCCAUCAAAUACUAGCGGUCAGCCAAGUCUAGACUGGCGGCCGCAACCCCAGCACUCGAGCCUGAUUCAAUAAGAGCUCCCUCGCUGCCUCCUACACUGUCGGGCCCUGUCGCGCACGUGAAAGAGGAUUGAAGGCUCGACGCUGCACCGUAAUCUCCUCACCUCGUGCUGCGUCGAUCGCCCACUGGACAAGGUUCUCUGUGUCCACCCAAGCGCCCACGACUUGCGCCCUGGUGGUGCGCUCCAACCCAGACUUGUCCCGACUGGCUCUGCUCGACUGGCUCUGCUCCCCCCCACGACGAAUCACCACCAAACCGGCUCGAUCCGUUCCCGAGACGGUCCAACCUCCUCCACGACUGCACUUGCGCUGCACAAGGCCGCCCGAGUCCCAUGACAUCUUGCUCGCGCUCCUUCUGGCCUCCCAGACAAACACGCUCGAUUUUGCAUGCGAAGCCCGCGAGAUCUGCUACCCCGCCCACACUCGACCGAGCCGAUUGCCAUUGCUUUCCGAUCCCAAACUACAGCCCUUGCUAAGGCUGGGCCUGCGCCUUGACGCCAUAUCCUGCUCGUUGUCCCUGGCUCACACGCGGGCGCACGCCGCUCCUAAACCGAAGUCGCAUGCAGUAGGCACGUCCUUGCAUCUCCGCUAGGGCUGCAACACCCACACACCGAAUCUCCUGUCCGGCCGUCACCGGUCCCAGCAUCCCGCCAGAACGCCGCAUUCCAUCGCACGCACGCCGCAUGGCUGCCGAUCAGCCCCGGGUGCUCCUCCAGAGCGCCCAGAUGAGCAACUUCUCCUUUGCACCGCAGCAGACUUACCGGCAACCCAGAGAAACACAAAAGAACUAUGUCUUCGUGGAUGAGCAUAACCGGCAUAAGCGGUUGAAGGUGAUGAGGGCAUGCGAGGGCUGUAGACGCAGAAAGAUAAAAUGCGAUGCCGCCACUACGAACACGUGGCCCUGUUCCGCAUGUAUCCGGCUCAAGCUGCACUGCGUCCGCCCAAACGGCCUCGAUGGCACAUCUGCCGAUGGCCAGGCGUACGAGCUGCUGGACUCUGACUAUGACAAUGCCUCGGCCCAGUCCGGCGCUACACUAACCCAUGUUCCUGCGGAUAGCCAGCCGCAGCAGCAGCUCUUCACCUCUGUCGCGCCGGCCACAUCCGCUAGUGAAGCAUAUGCUACACAAAGCCCGUAUGGUGGCUCGUCCGGCACCGUUUAUAACCCGUCUCGCUAUACGGACACACGCUCGACGCAUGGCGCUGCCCUUCAGUACACCAGCAACACGCCCUCCGUUGGGCUUGGUGACCCUUCGUUUGGCUCUCCGGACGUCUUCCCAACGCCGCCAAUGCAGCGGGUUACGCGGUCGAACUCUCCGCCCGAAUCAUACACCACUGAAACCCAUGGCCAGGAUCUCGCUGAUUUGCUGGGACCACUGAGGCUCAACGAGGCUGGCACAGCACCAUAUCUCAACAAUAAGAUGCGCGCGAAAGAGCUGGAGGAGGAGCCAGUACUCAAUGACGAUGACGAGUUCAAAAGCUCGUUGCCGCCUCUUCCUUCCGGGCCCGGCCUCAAGAUUCGGAUCCCUCCCGAGCUCAUGCCGGACGAAGAAACAGCACUUCACUAUUUUGAUCUGUAUUUCUCCCACGUGCACCCCUACGUGCCGGUCCUGGACAAGAUAGCCUUCUACGACCAGUGGCACAACAAUAGGGAGUCGAUGUCGCCCUUGGUUCUGGAGGCCGUCUUUGCCAUUGCAGGGCGCCUCGCGGACGACCCUGGCGACGGUCAGCAAUGGCUCGCGCUCGCAACCCGUCACUUGGACUCGUUCAUGGACGUCCCUCGGGUCAGCACCCUCCAAGCCCUGCUAAUAGUCUUGAAAGCAAGGGAAGCAGCCCCCAAGCGAGGCUACUACUAUCGGUCUUGGAUGGCCAUUGUCCACUGCGUUCAGAUGGGCAAGGAUCUGGGCUUGGACGAGCACUAUCUGGAUCAUCAGGACGGCCAUCCGUGCAAUUCGAGUCCAUCGGAGUGCUUGAUGAAAACUCGGCUAUGGCAAACGAUAUUUGUGUGCGAGGUCAUGAUCGGCUCGCCCCAAGGACGAACCGACCUAUCCGUGAAGGAGAAUACAGUUGACUUGAGCGUGCCACGGCUAGUCGCCGGCAUCGAUGAGUCCGAGUACCAUGUGGCCCGCAACCUGGCUUAUUUGACGCGGGUCGUUGCCAACGUGGCUCGCAUGAACAGGACUUACGCGCGCGUGAGAAGGAAGAACCCCCGCGAGUGGGGGCUGGAUACCGAGUUCGUCCGGCUCACGCCGCUCCUACACGCAUGGCUCAACGAACUGCCUUCGGACCUGGCCGUCAACUUCCCGCCUGACGGCUCGUCGCCAUGGCUCGCCUCGCCGUUCAUCGGGAACCUACACUCGUACCACUACCUUAGCGUCAUCAUGCUGCACCGGCCGCAGCUCCAAUGCCUGGACCCAACCACCGGGGACGGCCAGUGGAAACACCACAUGCUCGUCUGCCACAACUCGGCCAAGUUUCUCUGCCGCCUGGAGGAGGCCGUGUUGGGGUCCUUUGGCCUUGGUGGGUUGCAGUGCAUGCAGCGCGGCAUCAACUUCACGAUAUAUGCCAUUCUGACAUGCAUCGUCUUGCACCUGGUUGCCGUCACGUCUCCCGAUCCUGAUCUUAACUCGGACGCCCGCGAGUAUUUCACACGACACAUGCGCUUGCUGGAGAAGUGUAUGGCGGCGUGGCCGAUGCCAGACAUGCAACGGCAGGUGGAUGCGGUGCGCGAAGCCUUCUCGGCCGACACGCGCAAGCCGUUUGUCCUAAAGCCGAGCUUUCCGUACGGCAGCCCACAUUCGACGUUGGCAACGCCACCCAGGUCGGUCGGCUCGCGGACAGCCGGCGGGUGUCAGCCAAUGAUCGAUACUCGGGCCCUCGGCCAACUUACGCAACAGCUCACGCCGCCCCGCCAACAGUCGCAGCAUCAGACACAUCAGCAUCCCCCGCAUGUCAGUCACAUCAGCCACCCAAUUUCCCCUCCCAUAUCCGCAGGCCCCAGCGAUAGGACAGGAGACUCGUCGCCCGCUGCCCAGGCCGCAGCCUUGAUGUCGGGAGUGCCAGGCUCACAGGCUCCUCGAAUGCCACCACAGCAAUCUCUCCCUCUCGCGGACGCCGCCACUGCCUGGAACCCAAGCCGCCUGUUUGACCAGUGGAACACGACCUUCGGUACGCCCCAGCCCCCGCCCCAGCCUCAGCCUCAGCAUGUGUCCAGUGUCGGACGGAACACGUCUCUAAGUGGACUACCAGGUGCCCCCGAAGUGCCGACUCUCCAGGACAUCCAGGCCGUGCAGGGGACCAUGCCCAACAGCAUACACCAGACGCCGGCGCAGACCUACCCCACGCACGCCCCCGUCCAGACCUUUGUCACCCCGGCCAUGUGGCAGGAGUCGGUGGCGAGCGUCUACGAGGGCGGGCUGAAGCGGGCCUGGGACUACGAUGCAAGCGGUCUAUCCAUGGCAAAACACCGUUGAGACGCUGCCGCGCCCAUGCGGCUUGGCUCUCGGUUAUCGGCCGCGAUUGUUACGAUGCCUAUGAAUACCUGUCGGAAUUGAUGGACCUACAACGGCCUCAGCCGCGUUAUGAUAUCGAGCCACGACUCCCAUACUCUCUCCCCUUGAUACCCAAAAAUGCACAUGCCCAUAUCCCUUGCUUAAACCACCUGCACCUCGGCGUGCAAAUUUUAUCUUCGUCCUGAAAUCCCAAUUCUGCCCUCGGUUUGUCCUUGUUUCUAUGCUGUUUUCUGUUUAUGACCAACUUUCAGUUGGCAGAUCUGUACACCAAAAUCGCUGCUGUCAGUGUCAUUAAAACACUAGAUCUAUCUUUUGGCAUGUGUCGGCCCUUUGGGUCUGCCUACGUGUUUGACUGUUGGCGGCGACCCGGCUUUCUUAUUUAGGAAAACGCCUCCAUUUCCUUUCGCAUAUGGACUCACGCCGCAUCUACUUUUUAUCCAUUCUCUCUAUGACAACAGGAGAAACUCAAGCUGCUUUGCUUUAUUCAUCUCCUUCUUUUUCUUGACUGGAUACGUUUCUUGUUUGGUUGGCCAUUGGGACUGGAACUUCAAUCUUACGUCUCUUGGGCGUUAUAGCAUUCAUGGCGCGAAUGCCAGCAUAGGCUUCGGGCGCCAGGGGUUUGUAAAAGUAUCAAGGGUAGUGUUGUCACAGUUUCGUGUGCGGGCGCGACAUGCUGGGCAAGGGAGGAAGCACACACACACACUACAAAAGAAUGGAGGGAAAAAUAGGGUUGAUGAUAAAUGAGAAGGAGAUAGAACUCCGGAAGGCACUCCAUGGUAUCAACUGUAGAACAAAAACAAGACCUUUUUGGAGCACGUGGCACCAUGCCGGCCCGG